ACCUGCGACAGUGUGUCAAUGACGCUCAUUAUGGACAGAGCGCUUCUUGAGAUUGACGACAACGCCCGUGAUGUCCAUUUCGAAGACGAGUCUUGUGUUGGUUACGAUCACGACAGUCAACAUGUUGCAAUCACCACCAUGUACAACAGAUGUGGCACAAAACAAGAGCAAGAUAAGGAGAAUGUGAUAUUUACCAACAAGGUGACGUUUUACAAGCCAAGUCCAGAAAACGGAACCAUCAUUACCAGAGAACACUAUCUUCAUAUCCCUGUGACUUGUAAUCUUAAGAGGACACAGAUCCUUGGCGAGUCCUUCCUGCCCAAGACCGAGCAAUAUGUAUUCCACGAGGAAAGGUAUGGUGAGUUUUCACUCCGCAUGGAGCGGUAUGACAGCUCCAACUUUCAAACGCCUGCGAACGAUUCGGGACGAGUGACACUCGGCACUCCCUUAUACUUUGGUAUCCACCUAGCUUCGGUCACAAACCUCACCCUUCUCAUCGAGUCGUGUUGGGCAACAGGAUCAUCAGACCCAAUGGAUGAUCAUCGCUAUGACAUUAUUGAAAAUGGAUGUGCCAUUGACAGCACAACGUACAUACACGCAGGGUUCCCUCAAACUUUCAAGACAUUCACUAUCGCUGCUUUCGCCUUUAUUGGUGAAUAUGACAGGGUCUACGUUCACUGCUCAAUCCUGAUCUGUGACAACAACGACUCGGGCUCCCGCUGCACUCAAGGAUGCCUCUCACGAUCUCGCCGAAGUCUGCAACCCGCGGGCUACCGGUCCAAACCCCAUACCAUCACUAGCGGUCCUCUUUCUGAUGCCUCGCGUUCCAGCAGGGCUAUGUUGUUUGAUACCGCCGAUGGCGGACCCGAGUAUCAGGACCUUCUGAUGACCGUAGCAGUGAGCGCCCUCUGUGUUCUCUUCUCCCUGACCGUCAUCAUGGCGCUGGUGAUUGUGCGCAUGUGUCGUCAUCGUCGUCCUGAACUAAUUGGCUAUCAGAGGGUGGAUAAUACCGAGUAGGAUUAUGCUUCACAAUGAACAUGAAUUAAGUAGACAAUGGUUUAUUUAACGAAAUUGAGAAAAAUAUAAAUAAUCUUAAUAUGAUUAUUCGAGUGAAAGCUGAAUGGUCGUGAUGCAACUUUAAGAAAAAUUCAGCUUAAAG